UGGGAAUCACCUCAAAAAAGUUGAUAGCAGAUGUGAACAUCGGAUGAUCAAACCAAAGUGUUAAAAAUAUUUCAACGAUGCUAAUGAAAUUUUACGUCUAACAGAAAGGUUUCAGUGCUGUUAAAAAAAAACAUGCCUUUCAAGUAUGUGAAUAACAUGAGAAGGAACCGUGGUGGUCCGUACAAAACAGAACCGUGCACCGACCUCACCAGAUGGCGCUUAACGAAUGUCGAUGGUCGUCAGACAUGGCACUACUUCACAGAUGGCGAGAAACCAGACCGCGAACAGACUCUGUUUGAAAAACACGCUCUGGGAUUGGACACUAGCAGUUUGGCUCCCACCCUGAAAGAAGCGAAAACAGCGAAGGAGUCUGCGUACAAUGGGAUGACGUUUUACUCGAAGCUGCAGGUUGAGGACGGGCACUGGGCUGGGGACUAUGGAGGACCACUGUUUCUGAUGCCAGGUUUGGUGAUCACCUGUUACGUCACAGACACCCCGUUUACGGAUGCCCAGCGACUGGAGAUGGUUCGAUAUUUACGCUCAGUGCAGUGUCCUGAUGGAGGAUGGGGACUGCACAUUGAGGGACCACCAACAGUGUUCGGCAGUGCUCUAAAUUAUGUUGUGAUGCGUUUGCUUGGCGUUCCUGCUGAUGACCCUGACCUUGUAAAGGUCCGCGUCAUGCUUCACCGUCUUGGUGGAGCCUGUGCAAUUUCCUCAUGGGGAAAGUUUUGGCUGGCAGUUCUCAAUCUGUACAGUUGGGAUGGCAUGCAUUCCCUUUUCCCAGAAAUCUGGAUUUCGCCAAAAUGGCUGCCAAUGCAUCCAUCUAAAAUAUGGUGUCACUGUCGACAAGUUGCCUUGCCGAUGUCAUUCUGUUAUGGCAAGCGAAUCAGUUGUCCAGAAAGUGACCUAAUAAUUGCACUUAGGAAGGAAAUCUAUGUGGAGGACUAUGAUACAAUAAAUUGGCCAGCCCAGAAAAACAAUGUUUCUGCUGCUGAUCUUUAUACACCUCAUAGCUGGCUCUUGGAUACAGCUUUCUUUUUCCUAGACUGGUAUGAGGUCUUCCAUAGCUCAACACUGAGACAGAAAGCACUUCAAGAGUGCUACGAACACAUCUGUGCCGAUGACAAGUUCACAAAGUGCAUCAGUAUUGGACCAGUAUCAAAGGUGAUGCAGAUGUUGGUCCGAUGGCAUCAGGAUGGACCUGAGGAUAAGGCUUUCAAGAUGCACCAAGACCGAGUCCAAGAUUAUCUGUGGCUUGGGCUUGAUGGAAUGAAGAUGUCGGGAACCAAUGGAUCUCAGCUCUGGGAUGCAGCAUUUGCUACUCAAGCAUUUCUUGAGGCUGGUGCUGAAAGUAUGCCGGAGUUCAAGGACACACUGAGAAAUGUUCAUGACUUCUUGAGAAUCACACAGAUACCAGACAACCCACCGAACUAUCACAAGUACUACAGACAAAUGAACAAGGGAGGAUUUCCAUACAGUACCCGUGAUUGUGGUUGGAUCGUGUCUGACUGCACGGCUGAAGGUUUGAAGAGCGUCAUGUAUCUACAGGAAAAAUGUGACAGUUUCAAACAGCACAUUCCAAACGAAAGGCUCUACCAGGCAGUCGAUGUGUUGUUAGAUAUGCGGUGUGAAGAUGGAGGAUUUGCGACAUACGAGAAGAAACGCGGAGGAGUUGUACUCGAAGUUCUCAACCCUUCAGAAGUCUUUGGCGACAUUAUGAUAGACUAUACAUACGUUGAAUGUACUUCAGCUGUUAUGCAAGCACUACAUGACUUUAACAAAAGACAUCCUGAAUACAGACCAGACGAGAUUCGAUUUGUUCUCUCCGACGGUUUGGACUUCAUUCGUAAAAAACAGCGCCCCGAUGGCUCAUGGGAGGGAUCGUGGGGUGUCUGCUUCACGUAUGGUGGCUGGUUUGGACUGGAGGCGUACGCGUGUAUGGGUUACAGCUUCGAUAAAAACAAUGUGCCUGGGGAGGUGAAGAAGGCUUGUGAUUUCUUUCUCUCGAAACAGAUGGCCGAUGGAGGCUGGGGCGAGGAGUUUGAGUCAUGUGAGAUUCGCGAGUACGUGCAGAGUGAAAAAUCGCAAGUUGUUAACACAUGCUGGGCUCUCCUUGGAUUGAUGGCUGUCAGGUUCCCUCAUCUAGAUGUUCUGGAAAAAGGUAUUCGCGUGAUUAUGGAGAGACAACUCCCCAAUGGAGACUGGCCUCAGGAAAACACAAGUGGUGUCUUCAACAAGUCGUGUGGUAUUACAUACACCAGCUACAGAAAUGUCUUCCCUAUCUGGACACUCGGCCGCUUUGCAAAACUUUACCCGGAAAGCUCAUUGGCUCAAUAGGCAUGUUCGCCACUGUUGGAUUUGUAAUGAACAGAGCUCAAAUCCAUUGUUUGUUUUAAGGAGAUCACUGGUUUUGGUGUUAAAAUUAUAUACUUCAACUCA